AUGGCUACAUAUGAUGAUGUAACACCUGAACUUGACACUCCAGAGCCGAGUCCAAUACAUGAAAAAACUCCUCUUAUUGUGCAAGGCCAGGAUGCAGAUGACGAAACCGAGAAGAUUUUCUUCAAAAGCAAAGCAGCCAGAUUUCGAGUUAUUUUUUGUAUACUAGUGAUUGAACUUUGUGAAAGACUGACGUACUACAGUAUCUCGGCUAACUUGGUGUUGUUUUGUACCAGCGAGUUGAAUUUAACGAGUGCGCAAGCCGUGACUGUUAGUCUGGUUUUUACAGGCACAUCGUAUUUAUUCCCAAUCUUUGGCGGAUUUGUCGCUGAUUCAAUUUCUGGGAAGUUCAAUGCCAUAUAUGGAUCUGCUCUUGCAUAUUUUAUAGGUGCUGCCUUAUUACCAGUUGUCGCUAUAGAUUUCAUGAACCUCACUGACAGUGCUUAUGAACUCACUGUUGUCCAGAAAAGAUUCUUUUACUUUAUUGCACUGUUGCUGGUUUCCAUAGGAACUGGUGGAAUCAAAUCAAAUGUGGGUCCCUUUGGAGCCCAACAAGCUGAGGAUUUGGGGCGUGAUGCUGUACAAACAUUUUUUAAUUGGUUUUAUUGGUUUAUCAAUAUUGGAUCAGCUGUUUCCUUCUCAGUAGUGGCAUAUGUACAACAAGAAAUCAGUUUUGUGUAUGGCUACCUCAUCCCCACGAUAUCAAUAUUGUUUGCUAUUAUCUUACUUCUAGCUGGAAGAAAUAGUUAUAUAAAUAGACCACCUCAAGGAAGUGCGUAUUCCAGAGUAUUCAAGAUUGUGGGUCAAAGUACAAAGGGAAUUACGGCCAAGUCAGAAACAUGUGACGUUGUUAACAGCUGUUUAGACAGAGCAAAGACAUCACAUGGUGGGAGUUACACAGACGCGCAUGUGGAAGAAGUCAAAUUAUUAGGCAGGAUUAUUCCUAUAUUCUUGACAAUUAUUCCUUACUGGACAAUAUAUUUCCAGAUGCAAUCAACUUAUUUUCUUCAAGGUGAAGUAUUAAGACUGAACGUUGAAGAUUUUGUCAUACCGAUCUCAGCCUUGAAUCUUUUCAAUAUUGUUAUAAUAUUGGUGCUAAUCCCAGUGAUGGAUCGAUGUGUAUAUCCUCUCAUUAAGAAAUGUGGAGUCAACUUUACACCGCUUAGAAGAAUAGGCUUUGGUAUGAUAUUAGCAACAAUUUCCAUAACUAUAGCUGGCAUCACAGAGAUAUAUCGUAAAAAUGUCAUGCAAGGCGGUGGAUACUUCCAACAAGAGAUUAAUGAUGUCAGCUAUAACUCCUCCAAUUUGACCAUCUUUGUACAGAUUCCGCAGUUUGCAUUGGUUGGUGCUAGUGAGGUUUUUACCUCAAUUACGGGUUUGGAAUUCGCUUUCUCUCAAUCUCCAGCCUCCAUGCAGGGUGUCGUCAUGGGGAUGUUUUUGUUAACAUCUGGUCUUGGUAGCUACCUUGGUUCCCUCUUAGUUGCCAUAGUAAACAGUGCUUCAGAAGAUAAUCCCUGGAUACCAGAUGAUGUUAAUUGUGGAUAUCUGGAGCGUUUUUUCUUUCUACUCGCUGCAAUUCUCUCUGUGGAUUUCAUGAUUUUUGUCAUCUUAGCUGUAAAGUACAAAUAUGUUGAUCCCGAAGAACAAAUCAAGUUCACUGAAAUUUCUGAAGAUUGCCAACCAAAACAAGGUGUGGCUGCAAAGACAAUAGAAUCUACGGCACCGCCGGUUAGAGAACCAGGAUUUACAACUGUCACCGAUAUGAAAUCAGAAGACACAUCAGUUUAA